GUUGUAGGGACCAUCAAGAGCUUUCCAACGAUACCUCAUUUUCGAAAAUCGGUCAAGCCGUUUAGUCAAUAUGGCCGCCACAAUUUUUCAUCGAAAAUCGACCAUAACUCGAAAACGGCUUGACCGAGUUUGAUCAACCUGGGGUCAAAUGAAAGAUCUCAACAAACCCUACAACUCUCUAGAACAUCCGAAGUUUCAAAAGUGGCCGCUAGGGGGCCAAAAAUCAAAAACAAAAUUUUCGAUGAGUUUUCGAUGAAUAUCUCGAAAACGGCGACAUAAAUUUUUUUCAUUUUUUGAUAUGUUGUAGCUGACCAUAUUAUCGAGCUUCAUGCCAAAAAUGAAGAAAAUCUAUGGAUCCGUUCUCGAGAUAUAGCCUUCCAAAGUUGACAUAUGAUAUCUCGGGUUCUACAAGUCCGAUCUUGAUCAACUCAAGCGCAAAUGAAAGGUUUCGUAAAACCCUACAAAUGUCUAGAACAUUGCAACUUCGAGAAAUGACCGCAAGAGGCGCUAAAAUCAAAAACAAAGUUUUCGAAAAUUUCGAACUCGAAUUUUUCGAAAAUGGCGACAUAAAUUUUUUUCAUUUUUCGAUAUGUUAUAGCUGACUUCAAGACCUUUCAAACAAAAAAAAAUUUAUGAAAAUCUAUGGAUCCGUUCUCGAGAUAUGGCCUUCUAAAGAUUUCUUAGGGUAUGAAUUUUCAACUUUUCCCGACUUUGCGCGUAUUUAAAUUAAUUCGCGUUCUAGUUUGCUCUUACAAAAUUGGUACACUGAAAGAAACACAGCUCUCGUAAGCUUGGUCAGCUUACCAGUACAUUUUUACAAACUCCCCAGACCUCAUCGGUGCAGUAGUAGAGGGUUAAUCAUUCGCAUGUUCACUUAUCAACUAGAAUAUUGUUCCCUCUCCAAUUUCACAUGCUCAUCUCCCCACGUCGAUGUGCACCACCGCGGGCAAACAAACUGGAUGUUUGUUGCCCACUCAGUCGCCCUUCGCGAUCCGCUCCCCGUACCGCCAAACAGACCCCAAGCCACAGGCAAAGUGAUCUUCUGACGAUCCUCGGACGAUCAGUACACCAGUGACUCGUUUCGCGAGCAGAUCACCGCUUUUUUGCAAGUUAGUGCAUUUUGCGUUUUUUUUUAUUACUCAUCGUUCGUUGCCUCUUCUCACUCCCAAUUAAAGUUAAUUGAAUUCAAUUGGAAUGCCGGUGGACAUUAAGAAAGUUCUUGUUUGCGAUGCCGUCGAUGAGGCGUGCGUGAAUCUCCUAAAGGAGAAUGGUAUUGAAGUCACGUACAAAUUGAAAUUACCCAAGGAGGAGCUCUGCAGAGAAGUUAAGAACUUCGAUGCGCUAAUUGUGCGGUCCGACACCAAAGUGACGCGCGAUGUCUUGGAGGCAGGAAGUGGAAGCCUCAAAGCUGUAGGACGUGCCGGAGCCGGUGUGGACAAUAUCGACAUUGAAGCAGCCACCAAGCACGGCGUCAUCGUCCUCAACACACCUGGUGGGAACUCCAUCUCAGCAUGUGAACUCACAUGCCUCCUGCUGGCUACCCUAGCACGUCCCGUGACUCUGGCUGCUCAGAGCAUGAAGGAGGGGCGUUGGGAUAGGAAAAUCUAUGCUGGCACCGAACUCUAUGGCAAAACACUGGCUAUUUUGGGUUUGGGACGUAUUGGACGCGAAGUUGCUGUGAGAAUGCAAGCAUGGGGCAUGCGAUGCAUCGGUUUCGAUCCGAUUACCACGCACGAGGAGGCAAAGGCUGUAGGUGUGCAGAAAAUGGAACUGGAGGAUAUUUGGCCGCUGGCGGACUACAUCACCGUCCAUACUCCACUCAUUCCAUCAACCAAGAAUUUGGUGUCCGAGAAAACACUGGGCAAAUGCAAGAAAGGCGUAAAGGUGGUGAAUGUGGCACGUGGAGGGAUUAUUGACGAAGCAGCUCUCCUGGUUGCCCUACAGUCGGGGCAGUGUGGUGGUGCAGCAUUGGAUGUCUUCCCAGAAGAGCCACCAAAAUCAGAAGUUACAAAAACCCUCAUUCAGCACCCCAAAGUUGUGGCUACACCACAUCUUGGUGCCAGCACAGCUGAGGCUCAGGUGCGAGUAGCUGUGGAGGUGGCUGAGCAGUUUGUCGCCCUAACAGGACGUUCUACUGUCUUCACGACCUACCCCGGUGUUGUUAAUCGCGAGGUCCUCAAGACGGCCUUUUGAGCUAUGACGCGCACAGGAGAUGAUGGAUUGCAGCUCCUGACACCUGUAAUAUUAUCAUGCCAUCUUCUCAGCUUAUAUUUCCUUUUACAAUGCCAUUAAAUUAGCUUCCUCCGCA